AUGGCUGAAACGCCGGUCGUCACCCUGCUCAAGGAAUUGAUGGAUAUUCCAUCCAUAAGUGAAGAGGAAGAAGAGAUUGGUCUUUACCUGGAGAUGUAUCUCAAGAAAAGAGGAUACACCGUUGAAUUGAUUCCUAUUGCGCCAGGUUCGACACGCCGCAACGUGUACGCUUACAUGGGUAAGAAUCGAAAAGCUCGAACCAUGCUUACCUCACACAUGGACACGGUACCACCUCAUAUACCCUUGAGUAUCCAAGGGGAUAUCAUCUACGGCCGUGGAGCAUGCGAUGACAAAGGUCCUUUAGCGGCGCAGAUUAUUGCUCUGGAGGAGUUGAAGUCAGAGAAUGCCGUAAAGGAUGGCGAUGUCUCGCUACUCUUUGUUGUCGGUGAGGAGAGAGGCGGACCUGGCAUGCUCGCAGCGAACGAUAUGGAUCUCACGUGGGAAACCGUCAUUUUCGGCGAGCCAACGGAAGGAACUCUGGCUACUGGACACAAAGGCCACUACGUCUUCGAACUAUUUGCAAAGGAUGAGCUAAGGUCUUUGAAGCUACCAACUUCUGAACUUCUUGGACCCACGACAUAUCACUGCGGCAAGCUCAACGGUGGCGUAGCCUACAAUGUCGUUGCUGGUGAGGCUUAUGCACUAUGCGGUAUCCGUGUCGCUGCCGAGCUUCCCACAAUUGAGCGGCAAGUGACGGAUGUGGUCGGAAAGUAUCCCGACGUUGAGUUGAAAAAGUCAUUUGCGUAUCCGGAGACGGUGCUCGAUCAUAACUUUGAGGACGAGGCAUUCGCCAUUACUGCUGACUUCGUAGCCGACAAAGACGCGAAAAAAGUGAGCCUGGGUGCCGGAGUAUAUCGCGGCUAUGAGCCAUACCUAAAAGUUGCAAGAAGACUUGUGUUGGGAGAGGAGUACGAUUCAGCACGCAGGCAAACUGUGUCUGUUCAGACCAUCUCUGGUACAGGAGCCAAUCAUCUUGGAGCUGUAUUCCUGGCACAACAAUUACAGCCCCGGAACGUCUUCAUUUCUGACCCAACGUGGAGCAAUCAUCACCUCAUCUGGGAAGUGGCUGCUCCAACUGUGGAACGGAAGAAAUACCCUUACUACAAAGCCUCCACACAGUCGCUGGACUUUGAAGGCAUGAUGUCCACAUUGAACAACGAGGCCGAGGAAGGUGAUGUGGUCAUUUUGCAUGCGUGUGCACAUAAUCCCACCGGCAUCGAUCCGACAGGAGAUCAGUGGCAGGAGCUUGCAGAGCUCUUCGUGCGUAAGAAGCUGUUCGCCUUCUUUGACUCGGCUUAUCAAGGCUUUGCGACCGGCGAUGUGGAUGCAGAUGCAUGGGCGAUUCGGUUGUUCGACCGAGCAUUCUUCAAUGGCGAUGAUGCCUCCCUCUCCUCAACUGCAAGUCGUCAUGGCCCAGCUGGCAUGUGUGUUGCUCAGUCAUUCGCCAAGAACUUUGGGCUUUAUGGCGAAAGAGUGGGUGCCUUCCAUCUCCUCCUCCCUGCACACGCCUCUGCUCUAGGAGCGCAAAGUCAGCUGUAUCGCCUCAUCAGAGCGGAGAUAUCUAACAGCCCUCUGUUCGGCUGCCGCAUCGUUCAUGCUGUGCUUUCCAACCCUGAACUCACUCAAAUGUGGGAACAGGAUUUGAAGACGAUGUCGAGCCGCUUGAAGGUUGUCCGAAGCAAAUUACGAAACCAACUCGAACAGCAUGAUGGUGUUGGAGAUUGGAGUCACGUCGAGUCGCAGAUCGGCAUGUUCAGCUACACAGGGCUCACAGAGCAGCACGUACAGAGGCUCAGGGAUGUUCAUCAUAUCUAUCUGAUGCGUAACGGACGAGCUAGCUUGAGCGGCGUGAACGAAGGCAACGUCAAAUAUGUGGCGGAUGCAUUCGCCGAGGUUAUCCAGACUUUGGGAAAGACUCCGCGUAAGACCUGA